UCGAAGGAAGGGGUGAAGAUAUGGAAACCCUCAAGGCCUCCUUCAAACAUCUCCAAGGAGCCAUCACCAGCUUCAAACCCAUCAGCCCCAUCUGCAUUCAAGAGGCCAAAACCCAAUCCUUCAGGGAAGGAGACCUCUUCUCUGCCUUCCGUUGCAGUACCUCUUCCACCUCGUUCGCCCACGAGGAAGAGCUCACCGCCAUGCCCACGCCUUCCUCCUCUCCGGGCGGUCCCCUCAGUUCCGGCAGGUUCUUCUUCUCGCCGUGCACGACAAAGUCCAUACUGGAGGAGGCCAAAACCGAGAAGAGCACCCCAAACGUUCCGCCAUCCGCAGGCAAGGCGGCGGCGGCGGCGGCGGUGGCGGCAGAGACGACGAGGGACUCCUUCUACCACGAGAGCAUAACGAUGGCAAUGUCGUCGGAGGACCCGUACCAGGACUUCAGAUCGUCCAUGGAGGAGAUGGUGGCGGCGCACGGGCUGAGGGAGUGGCACAGCCUGCAGGAGCUCCUGCAGUGCUACUUGAGGCUGAACGAGAAGAAGAACCACAAGGUCAUAGUGAUGGCUUUUGUUGACUUGUUGAUGCAUCUCAUGGAUCAACAACUUGCUGCUGCCUCGGUAAGAUAUAGAGAUCCAUGAGCACUAGUAGCUCGAGCUUCUUGUCGAUUUAGACGCAUGUUCGUGCCACAUUGUACCAUCUUUUCCAAGGUAUGAAUCGAUGAGAAUUGAUCA